AUGCAGCGAGGAUAUGACGAAAUGCAGAGAAGGAUGGAAGAAUCGCUUGCUCUUGCUCAGGAAGAGGAGAAGAAGAAUGAUGAGCUGCAGGAUCUUGAAAAGGCGCUUGUGGAGGAGCAAGCGAGUCAUCAGCAGACCAAGGCGGAGGAGGAGCGAGACAAGCCCAGCAUGGAGGCCGAGUGGAUACGAAGGAUCGGGUAUCAGGAUCGAGAGCUUCGGGCGCUCAAGCAGGAGCUGCUGGAGACUCAGAGAAUCGUUGAAUCGCAAAGGGUUUACCUCUCGCUCCACUGCGACGAACUCAGGGAUGAUGGAGGCGAUGGUACGCCACAACAGCUGCAGCAGCAGCGCCAGCAGCAGCAGGAGCAGCAGCAGCGCCAGCAGCAGCAGGAGCAGCAUCAGCGCCAGCACCAGCUGGAGCAGGAGCAGGAGCAGGAGCAGGAGCAGGAGCAGGAGCAGGAGCAGGAGCAGGAGCAGGAGCAGGAGCAGGAGCAGGAGCAGGAGCAGGAGCAGGAGCAGGAGCACCACCACCAUCAGCAGCAGCAGCAGCAGCUCUUCACUGCUCCUCUGAGCUGCAAGCUGAAGGACGUGAAAUGA